CGCAUCUUUGUUUUCUUCAUUUUUCUUUUCUCUCCCAGACUCUCCAACCAUCAUGGCUUACUUGUGUCGUCGAUUGCCAACCCUUCUCCCUGCCGGUUCAUUAAGGAAUGCAGCUUGUGUUGGAUGGAAACAUGUCUGUGACAGACCUCGCUUCAUGACGACAGCCGCUACGCAAACUGCAUGCGAAUCUCAUGAGCCACACUUUUUGCAGUCUGUGGAAAGCUACUUUGACCAUGCUGCCAAGCUGAGCAACGUAUCUGAAGGCACACUCAGUCAUAUCCGUGCCGUCGACAGUAUGAUUCGUGUCACUUUUCCUAUAGAAUUGGAUGAUGGAAGGACUGAGGUGAUUGAAGGCUACCGCGCUCAGCAUUCUCGUCACCGCUUGCCUGUUAAGGGAGGCAUCCGAUACUCCGAGGAAGUAGAUCUACAAGAAGUGGAAGCUCUGGCGUCACUAAUGACGUAUAAAUGUGCUGUAGUUGAUGUACCAUUCGGUGGUGCCAAGGGCGGUAUCAAGAUUGACCCAUCACGCUAUACAUUGGACCAGCUGGAGCGAAUAACCCGCCGCUACACAAUGGAGCUGUGUCAAAAGAAGUUUAUUGGCCCAGGCGUGGACGUGCCAGCACCAGAUGUCGGCACAGGCCCAAGAGAAAUGUCGUGGAUUAUGGAUACCUAUCGUCAGUUUAACCCCGACGACAUCAAUGCGCAGGGCUGUGUUACUGGCAAGCCACUAGCACAGGGCGGUGUGCGUGGUCGUACAGAAGCCACUGGUCUUGGUGUAUACUAUGGUGUCCGUGAGUUCCUUACAUAUCCCGAAAUCCAAAAAUUGACAGGUUUGACCGGCAAAAUUAAGGAUACGACCGUCAUCGUUCAAGGUUUCGGUAAUGUUGGCUACUAUGCUGCCAAGUUUUUUGAAAGCAAUGGUGCCAAGGUGAUUGGUAUCGGCGAACGCGACUGUUCUGUAUUCGAUCGCCAUGGGCUGGAUAUUGAAGCGCUAUUUAAGCAUCACCGCUCCACAGGCAGCUUCCGCGGCUAUUCAGACAGCGUGGAAAUCAUUGAUGAACCCACGCAAGUGCUUGAACGCGAUUGUGACAUCCUUAUUCCAGCUGCACUGGAGCGACAAAUUGGUUUGCGCAAUGCUGAUAAGAUCAAGGCCAAGAUUGUUGGUGAAGCUGCCAAUGGUCCCAUGACUCCUGGGGCACACGAACUUUUGGAAAAGCGUGGCAUUGUUGUCAUUCCAGACUUGUUACUCAAUGCCGGCGGUGUCACCGUAUCUUACUUUGAAUGGCUCAAAAAUUUGUCCCAUGUCCGCUUUGGUCGCAUGAACAAGAAAUGGGACGAGUCAGUGCGUACAAAGUUGCUGACCGUAGUCGAGGAGAAUGCCGGCCGAGUCUUGACAGAGGCUGAGCGCAAGCAGAUAGUUCAUGGUGCAGAAGAAGCAGACUUGAUUUAUUCUGGUCUAGAGGAUACCAUGAUCAGUUCAUGUGAAGAAACUCGACAAACAGCCAAUCUCAAGAAGGUGGAUUACCGAACUGCAGCCUAUAUCAACGCAAUUCAGAAGAUUGCCACUGUCUAUGAAGGCUCUGGCAUGAUAUUUAUGACGUAAAAGGCGAUAAUAAAACCUUUUGUAAUGUGCUUUGUUGCCCUCUUCAACAUUAUGUGCAUGUACUCUGCGACAAUCUAUACAUACAUCCUAUUUAUUAAGCAAGGGAAGGUGUUUCUGGGAGAUCAAAUUCUUUGUUUGACCAGCAAUAUACAGGGGCCCACAGUAAUUAUCCUCUUCUUCCAUUUGAUUCUCUCUGUCAGUAAGUAGCCAAUUCACUUCUUUGACAGUAACUCUCUCCCGAUUCCAAAUUUUAUGAUGCCCUCCAACUUUUCCCUAGAAAGAAAAUAUACGAGUUUGUUUCCAAUAGAUAGUUGUAUUGAGAAAAA